AUGAAGUCUCUCUUAUUCGUGCUCGGUGCCGUUGUGUACCAGGCGCUGAUCUGCGCUGCUGAUCCUAACGCCGUCAUUAGCAUUACUAACGGGACGUUCGAUGUGGAGAUCCCUGAGAAUGUUAUCAAAGUCUUGUCUUGCUCCACUGGAAAGGGUUUGACUAUCAAAAGCGCUCACUGGGUUGCUACACGUCCCAGAGUAGCUGGCAAGGCGGGUGAGGCUCUUCGCUUUGACAGGACCAACGACGUUACCAAGAUCUGCCGUGGUCUUAACAACUGUGUUUUGAAGCCUGUUGCACAUCUUGACCGCGUUGGAGAUGGUAUGUACAUUUUCUUCGGUUUGCCACUCAACGAUGCUACCUACAAGCUUCACAUCACCGGUGUCUGUGAAUCUACACCAGUUGCACCAUUGGGACGUAAGAUGAUCUCCGUCAUCGACAGCGGCCAGGAACUUGUCAUGGGUUGUAACGAAGGAGAGGUGAUCAACGUAUCUUUGCUUCGUGGUGCCGGUUUGUACAACAACUUGAUCUGGAGGCACCUAUACUGCACUACUUCAUUCAUGCAGAAUGCCUUCGAGCUUUGCCAAAACAAGCGCAGCUGUACCAUUAGCAAGAAACUCUACAACAACGACAAAAAGUGCAACUACCAGGUUAUUGAUGCCCUUUACUACUGCCGCCCACCCUACCACCAUGCCUACAUCGAUAUCGUCAGACACAGUGACCGUAGGGUUGAAACUAUUUUGACCGCUGAAGAGGACUCUCACGUUGUCGUUAAGGCACCUGCUGAAUCCGUUCUUUCUGUUCAAUCGGCCACCUGGGAUGUCGUUGGAAAGGUUAGUGAGGAGGAUGAUCCUAGAAGAAACCGUCUUGAUAUUCUCCAAUUCUACUGUGAAGGAAGGAGUAGCUGUACCUUUAUCCCCAAGAGGACUUCUAACGGUAUGCUCGACCUUCACCUUGGUGGUAUCACUGGUGACAUUAAGAAGCCCUUCAUGCUUAGAGCCACUUUCGAAUUUGUGAAGAACAACCCCAAGGCUAAGGUCAAUGACGUACAAUCUGUUGAGUGCGUUAAGGGAGGAACUAUCACUAUGACCUGCCCCAACAACAAGUUCCUACGUAUCGUUACUGCUCUUUGGGGUGGCGCAGUGACCAACCCUUCUCAGGAGGCCAGUGUUGUCUUCUGGGAGGAGAAAAAGGUUGCUGGUAAGUUGCACCGUGUCACUGAGAUCGGUGCUCUUCUUGACAAGCACGUGUUCAACAAGAACAGCUACACCUUUGACCCAUUUGCCAUUGUUAAGGAAAAGCAACAAUUACCAUUCCUUACUGGUGUUAGAGCAGAGGACCACAAGCUUUCGGUAACUUUCACUUGCAUGGACAAGGCCCGCAGUCCCUCUGUGUCCGACAUCGCUAUCUCCAAAAUCGCUGGUUUGACAAACACCCAUGACGCCGAGACAAGUCUCGAGAAGGAGAAGGUGCUCGAGACUUCCUUCAAAAAGGACGAUCAAUUGAUUAUCACGAUUGAGCAGAAAUCCGCAAGCAGUGUGCAGGUAGGAAAUUUCCUAACAGUUCAGCUUCCUGCCGUCAGUGCUGAAGAGUACAGAGUCACUACCCCCAAUGGUGGUCUUGAGUCGCGCAUCUUCAACGGUUUCUGUGACAAUGUAAUCCUUAGCAUCAUCUUCGCUGACUCCAACAUGCUUCACAUUACUACAAACUUGUACAACAAAGGGAAGUUGGUUGCAACCUACGUGGACGAUUUAGUCGCGAGAGACAACAUCAACUACGGUGAGAAGGUCAAGGAUGUCGUCGUUGCCAACGGCGGUGUUAUCGGUAUGCGCGUAUUCGUCAAAUCCACCCCAGCAGUACCUUCGCGUGGUGGCUUAUAA